ACUCGGUUAACUCAACAGUCCCGUGACUGGAUAGAUUCCAAAGCAAACAAAGAAUUGAUCAACUAAAACAAAAGUCACGUUGCAUAAUUUGGAUAAUAAUAUUUAUAAGUUCUGCUAUUUGCAAUGAUUAUGUUGUAUAUAAACAAGUCAUAAUGUGGAUUUAAAAGAAAAUCAGUAUUACCAAGGAACUCGAACAAUGAGCAUAAACUAUGGACUUUACUCUCUUCUGCCAAGUCGCAAGUUUUAUGGUUAUUCCGACGUUUGGAUUUGAAACUUAUCAACACAAUAUACCGAAUGGUAAUAUUGUACCACAUCCCUGUAAACCAAAUCACUUGUGGCAUGGAGUUGGACACAAAUUUGCAUUGGGCAAAGAAAACUUGAAUUUCUUUGGAAAAGAUUUUGCUUCGGCUGGCCAUCAAUGGACCGACGCUUUGUGCAAGAAAGAUUCGGACGGAGAUGGUAAAACGAAUGGACAAGAACUUGGCGAUCCCAAUUGUAUUUGGUCCCCAGAAAGUUUUCCUGAGCGAAAUACUGACAUUUCUCAUCCAGGUGUAUGUGAACCCUGGAAUGAGCCAAAAUGUCAACAUCAGCUGGCAUGGCUAGAGUCUGAAUGUCAAAAAGAGGAAUUUGCCUGCGAUGCGAUAAACCAGGCAGGUAUCUCGAAUGUAACCAUUCAGUUUCCUAAAACUGCAGUACCUAAUGCAGAGACUACUUAUAUUUGCAUCGUAUUUGAUUUGCCACAAGAUGAUGAUUACCAUUUGGUUGCGACACAGCCUAUUAUCGACAAUAUACAAAUAAUGCAUCAUGCUGUUUUAUUUGGAUGUGAAGAUGACGCACAGUUAGAACCUAAUCCGAAAUCUUGCAACAUGGUACCUAGUAGCAAGUGUAAGCAGGUUAUCAGUAUAUGGACUGUAGGGUUAAGUGGAGAUUGUAUUCACAAUUCUACCGGGUUCAGAAUUGGAACAAAGGGGUUUAAAAGAGCCGCAUUACAGUUUCACUGGAACAAUCCAACUUUAAGCACGAAUUACAUUGACCAAUCAGCAUUAGUAUUGUAUUUUACGACAAACCGGCGUAUCACAGAUGCAGGCAUUUUGACAGUGGGGGCUUCAUUUCUAAAUAUUCAGCCUCGAACCAAGCAUACAGAAUAUAUUGGCAUUUGUCCAGGAGAAUGUACCAGUCUUGCUGUAAAAGAAAAGGUGUAUAUAGCUUCCGCGACAAGCCAUAUGCAUUAUUUAGGUGUCUCGCAAAAAAUAGAACAGUUUCGUAAUGGUACAAAAAUAAGGAAUAUUAUCAAUGAUAUGAGAUAUAAUUAUGAUAAUCCCAUAGUUUACAAAUUUCAGGAGCCAUUGGAACUAUUGCCAGGAGAUACCAUAUCCACCACCUGUAUCUACAAUUCAGUUCACAAAAUUGAGGCUACACAUUUUGGUGAUUCAACAAGUGACGAAAUGUGUUUCGGCUUUCUGACAUAUUAUCCUAAAGAACACAUAAUGUUUUCCUCUUGUACGUCGUGGAAGUCAGUUCCAUCCUGUGUCGUUAGCAAAGGAAUGACCUACAAAGGGUGCAAUUUGUCGAACUUUCUUCGUUUAAGGAAUUUUGAAUUCAUAUUACUCUUCCAUAAAUUCAGAAAAUUGUGUGACAUUUCUUGUUCAGAUACAUGUCUUGAGGUCGUCGAUGCAUUAAGGCUUGUUCCCUGUAUGCAAGGUGACUUUCGUGAGUAUAUCGCUGAUCUUACUAAACAUAUUGAACAGUUUCGUCAGUUUUUCACAAUAUUAAAACUUUGCUCCAAGGAGUCUCGGGUAGGCGCCUCUAUUAGCCAUUCCGUGAACUUUUCGUGCAAUUCAAUAUUGAUAAUCAAUUGUUUAUUAGUUUGGAUUAUGACUAUCUGAAAUUAAUUGUGAUAUAUUAUUUAUCCGCUAUGCAUAUGUCACUCAAAACAACCAUUACUUAAAGAUACCUUCCCGCAUACAAACGGGGUGAGUUGAUGAUAUUUGGACUAAAAGCAUAUUCAAACUAAUUAACCUAAAAAAAUUUUGCUUCAAAUCCUUCUCAAAACAUUGUUUUCGCGAGGGAAUACCCCUGCUAUUAAAAGUCUUAUGAAAAGAAGUCAUGUUUGUGUCACGUGACUUAGCUGACGCGCUACCUAGCAACGGGUGCAAAGCCGGAGAAGAAUUCAUUGCAUAGACAAGACGAUGCUGUCUUUCUUUAAUCGCUGUCCAUUUAUCAUAAAUAUCGAAGCCUAGUUAAAUUCACUGCCCACGUCUUUUUCCGUGGGUUUUAUCUCAGAAACUGUUGUACGCUCAAGGUCUUCAUCAAGUUUAUCAACAUAAACAUUAAGCGCUUACUAACGCUGGGAGAUCAGACGCGACCAGACAUUCAUAAUCGUCGAGCUGCCGGUUACGGAAACCCUUACAUUUCUGUUCUGUAUGCACUCCAUGGGUGUUUUUCAGGGAAUCCAGUAUUUUUCUAGUAUGUUUCUACUUACCUUAUAUACCAAAACUACCAUGCUUUUAUUGGAAAUAACCACCCGAUAAAUACCUUAUCGGAAAGUAUCUUUAAACGUAUGUUGUUUGAUAAAUGCACCUUUAUAAGUAUGCUUUAAUAUACGCCUUUUACGUACAUUGUUUGAUAUAUCUGCUAAAUAAUAUUUUUUUUUCAAGACUUC